CUCUUCGAAUUCGGGGGCGGCAGAAACCUGCUCGAGAUGGAGCGGUCGCCAGGCUCUGCCGGCGAUGGCGAUCAGCAGUUCCUGGUACAGUGCUCGAAGUUGCUUGAAGACUUGCCUGGAACCUGCGCGCGUAAGUACGGCGAGCAGCACCUCGACUCCACGGAAGGUCGCGCCAGGUUGCUUGUGGGCCUGGUGAAGGAGCACUCGGGCGAGCUCGUCGAGCUGGAUCGCAGGGGCUCGGGCUGGGAGGUGCGCGCCGUGGCGCCAGGCUCUGCCAGCGCCGCGCUAACUCAGGGAAGCGAGCAGUGGCUCUGCUGCGACGGCGGCGCGCCCGCGGGGAAAGUGGACGCCGAAUUCGGCCAUCACUGCAACAUUCGCGAGAUCGCACUCCACACGGAGGAUCAGGCCCGGGGGUUGGCGUCCGGCGUCAGCGCCG